CGAGCCAAACUACCGGCCCGCCCCUCCGGCCUCGGCCUAAGCCCGCGAUGGCCCGGGUUAGAAAGGCGUCGAUGGCAUCAUGGCGUCCAGGGCGAGCCCGGAGUUUAGUAGCCAGCCUACGCCGCAUUUGCCACGGCGGAGAUAAACCCGCUCCCCGCUGGCUGGCGUCGAAGGGGAUAUGAACCCCUCUCUUCGCUGUUGAUUGCCUUUUGAACGUUGUUGAGGUCAUAUUCGACGUGCGACUUAAGACGACAUCAUCAUCGAGGAAGAAAGCCGCCACGAUGCCUCUCAUCGCCAAAGCCCCCACGGACCGCAUCAUCCUCGGCCUCAUGACCUUUGGUCCCAAGGCCGAGGAUGGCGCGCGCAUCACCGACCUCGACACCUUCAACAAGGCCCUCGACGUCUUCCAGGCCCGCGGCUACAACGAGGUCGACACGGCGCGCGUCUACAUCGCCGGCGCCCAGGAGGCCUUUACGCGCGAGACGGGCUGGCAGAAGCGCGGGCUCACCCUCGCCACCAAGGUCAAGUAUCCCAACAGCCCGGGGGACAACACGGCCGACAAGGUCGUCGAGUCGGUCGAGACGAGCCUGCGCGAGCUGGGGACCGACUGCAUUGAUCUCCUCUACCUCCACAAGCCCGACCGCGCCACGCCGUUCCAAGAGACACUCGAGGCCGUGGACCGGCUGCACCGCGCGGGCAAGUUUGUGCGCCUCGGCAUCAGCAACUUCACGGCGUUCGAGGUGGCCGAGGUGGUCAUGACGUGCAAGCACAACGGCUGGGUGCGGCCGACCGUCUACCAGGGCAUGUACAACGUCAUCACGCGCAACAUCGAGCCCGAGCUGCUCGUGGCGUGCCGGCGCUAUGGGCUCGACGUGGUCGUCUACAACCCGCUCGCCGGCGGGCUGCUGUCGGGCAAGAUCAAGUCGCGCGACAUGGUGCCCGAGAGCGGGCGCUUCUCCGACGUGAGCUCGGCGCAGGGCGCCAACUACCGCAACCGGUACUUUCGCGAGAGCACGUUCCGCGCGCUGCAGCUCGUCGAGGGCGCGCUGGCCAAGCACGAGGGGCUCACCAUGAUCGAGACGGCGCUGCGCUGGACGGUGCACCACUCCAAGCUGCGCAUCAAGGACGGCAACGACGGCGUCCUCAUUGGCGUCUCGAGCGUCGAGCAGCUCGAGAACAACCUCGACAACCUCGAAAAGGGCCCGCUGCCCGCCGACGUCGUCGAGGCCCUCGACCAGGCGUGGGCCGUGUCCAAGGCCGACUCGGCCAACUACUGGCACGGCGAGGUCGAGUACGGAUACAAUACCCACGAGGCCUUGUUUGCGGGGGGCGCCAAGUGAUCUGGAGCAAGACUCGCGCAGGGGGAAAUGAGAAAGGAAAGAAGAGGAAGAAAAAAAAAAGGAACUUUAUGGCGGUACACUGCGUCGCGCGGGUUGCCAUGUGCGGAAAAAAAGUGUGUGUUGCACCCGUGAAGCCAUCUUGGGGCCUGGCUGGCUGCGUGUCCCGAUGACCUGGAAUGGCGAAUCAUGGGCCCGACCUGAUGCCGCAACGGACGCAUAGGUAGUGACCGCGACGUGCUGCCACUCUUGUGCGCCCAAGGUACGAGUAGAUCCGAACCUGCAGUAUUAUCACCC